AAAUAAUAGUCAAGAUUGUAGUGUGCUCUGCAUAUUUUGAACAGGUAAAUUGAAUUUGUGACAAAUUAUUUCGAGAUGUCAUGUCCUACCCCUGGAAAACGACGCAUCGACACUGAUGUCCUCGAGCUUAUUGAAAGCAAACAUGAAGUAACGUUGCUAAAUGGACUGAAGGAGUUUCUAGUAAAAUUCCGUGGACCCGCAGGUACCAGUUACGAAGGUGGAAUAUGGAACGUCAGAGUUCUCUUGCCAGAAAAUUACCCAUUCAAAUCGCCAAGUAUCGGCUUCACCAAUAGGAUAUUCCAUCCGAACAUCGACUAUAAAUCUGGAACAGUGUGCCUGGAUGUUCUCAACCAAAACUGGACCCCUUUGUAUAACCUCCUGACUGUUUUUGAAAUGUUUUUACCGCAGCUGUUGACUUAUCCCAAUCCUGUAGACCCUUUGAACAUAACCGCUGCAAUGCUGUUUCUGUCCAGGCCUGAAGCCUACCAGGAGAAAGUAGCUGAAUAUGUGAAGCAAUUUGCUACAGAAAAUGCCCUCGAAGAUGCUGGGAAUGCUACUUCUGAUAGCGAAAUGAGCGAUAUUUCUGAUGUUCCAGAAAACGAAACUGAAGCCCUGGACAUGGAUAUUUAAUCACUAUUUUUGUGCUCUGACUUAUUAUGUUUUUUUAUUUAAAUAUUUAUCCAUAUUAUUAUUUAAUGUUGUGUGAGAGCUGGAUUCAUAAACUUGGGGUCAUAUUUUUGUAUUUUCUAUUACAACUUUUUUGUCUGCAAUAUAUAAAUAAUUCAAAAAUAAGACAAUUUAUAGCUUCUUUGGACAAUUGUUUUAAAUUAUUUUAAUUAACGCUGACCUUUCGCCACUCUUUUUCAUCAUCAGAGUAGAUAAGACAACCUGGUGUACCUAUACGAAAUGUAAAAAUUCUAAAUUAUUUAACUGGAUGGUAACUUGUAUUGGCUUAUUUUUGGUCCAGGAACCUCAAUCUUGGCGCCAACCCAGUUUAAAAAUAUGAAAUUUAUGCAGGUUACAUGUUAAACAACCUAAGCUCAAGUUUAUUAUUCCAGUUUUGUUUCUAACUUCUAAAGACUCUGUGUAUCUUUCAACUAAAAAUGUUGCGUUGAAUUUAUUGCUUGUGUUUAUAAAAUUUAAUUCUAGCUAUGCAGUGUCAUAUCUAUAAUCACUCGAGUAAGUGCCUAAUUUUCUAUUUAUUGUAUUUUUUCAACUUAUGUCCAAUAAAAACUUUGGUUUGAA